AUGCGGAGGCGGCUUGCUCAUUCACGGCAACUACGACAACCUCUCCCCGCGUCAACCAACCUCAGCACCACUACCAAAUCUCACUCAUCUCACCACAAUCCCACACCAGCAUCUCCCACAUCCACCUACCCGCCCAAUGCCCCGCACGGACGAGGCCGCCGCCUUUUUCCACGCCGUCUACUCCGCCGUCAGCGAGAUCCCCCGCGGCCGGGUAACCUCCUACGGCCACAUCGCCCUCCUCAUCGGCACCCGUCCGUCCCCCCUCUUUCCCUCCUCCCUUUCCCCUCUCACUUCCCUAACCUUCUUCCAGCGCAGCGCCCUCGCCAGGUCGGCGUCUGCCUCAAGCACCUCCCCGCCGCCGAGGAGGGCCACCGCUGGGACCACGACAGCGUGCCCUGGCAGCGCGUCGUCAACGCCCGCGGCGUCAUCUCCCCGCGCGCGCACCCGACCGCCGUCCGGGACCAGGCCGAGCUGCUGCGCGACGAAGGGGUCGAGGUCGUCCGCGGCGCGCUCGGCGAGAUGAGCGUGGACCUGGCCGAGUACGGCUGGUUCCCGGAGGCGCUGCCGUCGGAGCAUGAAGCAGGCGCGAAGGAGGAGGAGCAUGUCGAGAUCAAGGAGGAGGAUAGUGAGGAUGACUAA